CUCUCCAGUCUGAAUCUUUUUCCCACUAUCGCUUUUCUCUAUCUUCUGAUACAUACAUAUCUCUCGGUCUCCGUUGAUUUCCCUGCUUGAUCCGACGGUCCAGAAUGAACGCUGCCUCUCCUCUCCGUUUGUCGAGGUUUUAGCUUCUCAAACCCUCCGAUCUGUUCGAUACGAGCUCGGAUCUGUAGUUCUGGUUGGUGAAGAGGCGUAGAGAUGGAGAGUGGAGAUUCAGUCGGUGUCGCCGCCAUGGUAAUUAAGCAGACUUUGGUAACGUGUGCCGUGGAAGCUUUAGCAUCCGCUCUUGUCACCACCCAGCUCCUCUCUCUUAUGCAGGAUUACAUAAAUCUACUCAUGGACAAACCUAAAAUAAGGGGAGACAAUUCCUCAUCUUGCCCCUGCGAGCCUAUGGAUGCUGAUGGAGAUGAUGAGAAUGAUGAUGACGACGAUGAGGAUGGGGAUGACGAUGAUGAUGAUGCAUAUGAUGAUGAAAGAAAUGGUGCUAAUAACCCUAACAACAAAGGCACCUCUAAGAAUGGCCUGGGAGGAGGUGUGGGUGGUGCACAAGAGAAUGACGAAGAUGAAGAUGAUGAAGGCGAAGAAAAUCCGGACGACCCAGAUGAGGAGGAAGAUCCCGAGGAUGACGAUGACGAUGACGAAGACGACGAUGAUGAGGAAGCCGGAGGCGAGGGAGAAGACCCAGAGGAAGAUGAGGACAACGAAGAGGAAGAAGAGGAGGAUUGAUAGCUAUGGCGGAUAUUGCUAUGUUGGUGGCAGAGGAGUACGAGAGGCGGGUCAAGAAUUCAAGAAAAUAUGGUGGGGGUGAAGAGAUCGAUUUCCUCUCUGGUUUCUCCCUUGUUUCCCAGAAGCUGAGGAGCACUUAUUCUUGGGUGCUGCUUGUUGAUGAUGGACAGAAGAUGAAUAUGAUGAUGAACAAGGUUUUGGAACCUCGUUCUGGGUUUUCUGUUGCUGCCAGGAAUGCCUUCUUUUCUGCCUGAUUAUAUUUGUGUAUCUAUGUUGUCUUUUUUCUUGUCUCAAUUUUUGUCCCCACAAUGUAAUUUCAAUGUAUAUCGUUACCUUGUGUUCAAAUACAACCCAACUUUAGUUAUGUGUAA